GCAUUCAGCAUCGCGGCACGUCGCUACCUGCUAUGCGGUAGCUCAGCCCGCUCCGCUCCGCUGCGAUUGAACCGAGCCGACCUGGUUUGGCUCGACUCGGCGCUCCCUGCACCUGUAACCAGUCUCGGAAAGGGCGAGGUCGCAUUCCGCGCGUGCGCACAUUCCUCCACUCGCGGAAUCGGCGCAGAGCAGCGCAGCACUGAUCGCAGCUGGGACGCUGAAAAUCUCUAAAAAGUGUCUACUUUCCAGCAUCAAAAAUGGUGCAAGGUGGAAUGAAGUGCAUUAAAUACCUGCUGUUUGGCUUUAAUUUCUUGUUCUGGCUUGCAGGUAUUGCAGUCCUGGCAGUUGGAUUAUGGCUUCGUUUUGAUCAGUCAACAAAGCACAUAUUUGAGGUUGAAAGCCACCCUUCUACUUUCUACACAGGUGUCUAUAUUUUGAUUGGAGCUGGUGCGUUGAUGACAAUUGUUGGGUUCCUAGGAUGCUGUGGAGCAAUUCAAGAAUCCACCUGCAUGCUUGGAUGUUUCUUCAUGUUCCUUCUGGUCAUAUUUGCAGUCGAAAUUGCAGCUGGAAUAUGGGGCUUUUUGAAUAAAGAUAAGGUUACGAAGGAAGUGCAGGAUGUGUACAAUUCUCUGUAUAGUGAAUACGUAUUGAAUAAAAAUGAAAGCAAGAAAGCAGCUCUAAUUGCAAUUCAGAAGGGACUGGACUGCUGUGGAAUGGGAGGCAUUUUGGAACCACUUAUCCGAGGAACUUGCCCCGAGAAAUCAAUUUUGGAAGAGUUGCAAAGACGGUCAUGUCCACAGGCAAUUGAGGAAAUAUUCAAUGGAAAGCUUUACAUCAUUGGGGCAGUUGGGAUUGGUAUUGGAAUUGUAAUGAUCUUUGGCAUGAUUUUCAGCAUGGUGUUGUGCUGCGCCAUCCGUAAUAGCAGGGAGAUGAUUUAGGGAAUGUGUCAAGUGAUGCCUUUCAAAACAGGAAUGGAUUUUUCAACCUCACUUGCUUCUAUUUGUUGACAGCUUGACUUUAAUAAACAUUUUUUUCACCUAUUCAGUCGAAAAUCUCUGUAUAACCUAAUCUUAAAUAAAACUUCCAUCUAUUUAACAAGUUCACAUUUUGUUUAAUGUUUUGUAUAAGUUGGAUGAAAAGAACAACAAACUCUAAUCUGAAGUUUUCUUUAAGUUUUUCAAUAAUUUUAAAUGUAUCUGUUAUAUUGACUUAAAUUGAAAAUUCUAGGAGGGGAGACUUUACGUUCUGAAUUUAAAGUGCCAAUAUAGUUACAUAGCUGUUAUGAUUGUCAGUCCAUGUUUGAAACAGUAAUAUGUUAUGUUCAAUGUUGGCCUUACCAGAAUUUAAUAAAACCUUUUAAAAUAUUUUGUGGAACUUAAGGAAAGAGAUGCAACAUGUAGAUAGCAAAAUGUACUUGUUCCUUUGAGGAAAAUAAAGUUUAAAUUUGAACUUCCAGAAAA